AUGAUAUGGCUUACAUGUGUGUAUUUUUACCUUGCGGUUGGUAAAAUGUUAGAAGGUAAUAUAUAAUAACCGUUCCUUAACUUGCAUUUUUUUACCCCUAGGCUACUAUGUAGGGAUUCGGGCGGGGAAACGGAAUCUAUGCUCCUUAAUGAGACAGUACCGCAGUGGGUUAUCGAUAUCACAGUAGAUAAAAACAUGCCCAAAUUCAAUAAAAUUCCAUUCUACCUCCAGCCUCAUUCAUCAUCUGGUGCAAAAACUCUAAAAAAAGACCGACUAUCAGCGAGUGACAUGCUGCAAGUCAGAAAAGUGAUGGAACAUGUUUAUGAGAAAAUUAUCAAUGUAGAUACAGAGUCACAGACGACCAGUUCCUCAAAUAAUGAAAAACCCGGAGAGCAGGAGAAAGAUGAAGAUAUUGCAGUGCUGGCAGAAGAGAAAAUAGAGCUGUUGUGUCAGGACCAGAUUUUAGAUCCCAAUAUGGACCUUCGGACUGUAAAGCACUUCAUAUGGAAAAGCGGAGGUGACCUCACUCUCCAUUAUCGACAAAAAUCCACGUGAGAGGAGUGACAGAAGAAGUUGGUCAAAUUCUAACCUUGAUAUUACUGUACUGGUAUAAGGAGUAGUCCUGUAUAGAAGCCUGCUAAACUCCUGCAGAGACUUGCUCUUUGAGCCAGCUUGGAGUAACAUUUCAUGUUUAGCUUAUAUCCCUGUAAUACACAAAGAAACUUCCAUGGCCAUCUGCAAUGAUUAUGUUUGCAAUCAGUUGUUUGUACAGAGAUCCACUCACUUAUUAUUCCACGUUUGUGCUCCUAAAGCUAAUUAUUAACUAUCUCAUUGUAGUAGAUUAUUUUAGCCAUGGAAGUUUUUUAAUUUAAAUUGCAGCUUGCUCCCUGUAUGUUUAUAUACAUUCCAUUUGUCUAGUAUAUUCAGCUAUUAGGUCAGACAGUAUGAAACGUCUCAAGACCACAGAGAAGUUGCUAAUCUUUUAUUAAACAUAAACAUUUUUAUAGAGAGAAGUACUAGAAUUGCUAUGUUAAAUUAAUUGCAGAGGCUAAACCUUCUUGCAAGAGGAAUUGGGAAAAAAAUAACCUUUAUGUGCUUGAUCGGUCCUGUGAUGCUGUGCAUCAUUAAAUUAAAGACUGCUCUUGUCAUUUAUAAAAUGAUUUUCUCUCUUGUCCGUAUAUUUUGUAACAAAACAGAGAUUUGUCAUUAUGGAACCAUUUCUGAUAAUUUAGGUUUGAAAAUAAUUUAGCAAAUUUCAUAUACAUUUAGUUUGUAUGCCAAUACUUUGAUGCAUUUUAGGAUGUAUACUCGGUUUUCAAAGAUGUGUAAAUUAUCUGCCUAAACUGUUUAUCUGAGAAGUAUUUAAAUGGGUUUAAAGUAAACAAGUUGACAAUUUA